ACCACACUUGUAGCGAACGCGUCUUCCUGCUUUACAAGGAAAGUAGUUUGACAAAAGCUUAUAAUGUUUUGCGAAACGCACUAUAUCAAUCAAAAAGCCUAUUCAUGAAGAAGGAAUGAGGGAAAUAAUAACGAAAACAAAACCAUGUGGUCCCGUACUCGCGCAUUGCAUGGCAAUAAUUAUGGCAUUUUCUUUUACUAUUUAUCUGCUUGUGCAUUUGUCCCUGAGCUGUUCAAUAAACGCACUACUACUUUAGCAAAUACAGGAAAAAUCUCUGGUUCUUCUCAGCAAAGUCUGUCUCGCAUUAGCUAUUGUUUUUAAUUGGUAGAUGGCAAAUCAGAACCGUAAUCGUCUUGCAAUUCACAUUGAAGAGAUACUGGACAAGGCAAUAUCUCCCCUUACAACUAAAUGUUGCAUCUAUAGGGUUCCCCAUGAAAUUCGCAAAUUAAAUAUUGAUGCAUACACUCCAAAGGUUGUUUCAAUAGGCCCUUAUCACCAUGAUAAUCCCAAACUCAAAAAUAUGGAAGGCCACAAACUGAAAUAUUGCAAAGAAUUCAGAGAACGAGUUCAGACAAGCUUAGACAAUUUGGUCACUCUUGUACAAGAGUUAGAAACAGAGGUUCGUCUUUAUUACUCUGACAACAUUGAGCUUAGCAGUGAGGAACUUGUCAAACUGAUAUUGGUGGAUUCCUGUUUUAUAUUUGAGCUUUUCUUUACUUCUAAGUCAACAGAUGAUGAUGGUAUCCCAUUCAAAGGUUGGUUGAAAAGUAGUGUAGCAUUUGAUUUGCUUUUACUUGAGAAUCAACUUCCUUUUGAUGUUCUUGACAAGCUCUACAAUCUAGCCUCUCCUUCGCCUAAUUUCCCUUCAUUUUUUGAUCUCACUUAUUAUUAUUUUAGGAAAUGUGACUCACCUUAUGGAGAUUCUCCUCCUAGCAUAAAACACUUCACAGAUAUGUUAAGAAUCUUUUACUUACCACCACCUCCUUAUAGACUACCUCCAAGGGAGGAUGAACUACUAGCACACCUUUACAGCGCAACUGAAUUAAACGAAGCAGGAAUAAAGUUUAGGAAGGGAGGAAGCCACUUAUUAGACUUAAGUUUUUCACACAGUUAUCUUGAAAUACCAAAUUUAAAUGUAGGGGAUGAUACUGAAAUUUUUUUCCGGAAUAUGAUUGCUUUGGAGCAAUUCCACUACCUCAAUGAAUCCUACAUCACUGAUUAUGUUAGAUUCCUUGAUUACCUCAUCAACACAAGCAAUGAUGUGGAUAUUCUGAUUAGAAAAGGAAUAAUCACUUGCAUGUUAGGUGAUAACAAUGCGGUAGCUGAAUUAUUCAAUGGUCUUGGCAAAAGUAUUGCACGAAGGAAAUUUAAUUCUGAUUAUUUUGGUAUUGCCAAGGAGUUGAAAGCAUACUAUGAGCAUCCUUGGAACAAUGCAAAGGCAACUUUGAGACGUGAUUAUUGCAGGACUCCAUGGAAAAUGGCUGCUUCCUUAGCUGCAAUUGGUUUGCUUAUCCUUACUGUUACUCAAACGGUAUGUUCUGUCCUCCAAGUGCAGAUGUCUUUGGGGCCAUCGGUGAAGACACACCCAUGAUUCUGCUAUUUGAUUAUUGUGAAUUUCUUUGGCUGAUAUGUUGUUGCUUCCAAAGUGCUGAAAUUGUACUCCUUUCUCAUAUUGUUAUCAAAACAUCAUGUUUUAUAUGAAAAGUAGGUUGUUUAAUUCCUUGUUUGUGUGUGUGUGUAUAUAUAUACACGUCGAGGUUGUGUAUUUUUAUAUUAGUUCUCUUGUUAAUUAAGAUCAAAUCUCAUUUUCAAAUGAUUUUAAAGGGUGCAUUCCCACAUCAUAGUGGUCAAAAAAGCUGAGCAGCGUCUUUCAACUUGAGUUGAGCAGGGGAGGUUUGUCAAGUGAGUCCCCCCACUCAAAAAGAAGAAAUAAAAAGCCUUGAGAAAAGGCUUAAAAUGUAAGAAAGAGAGAGAAUAGCAAUGAGUGUAAAGUGAGAGGAGUAGUGUGCUAACAACGAAUUUCAUUUCUGAUGAAAUUUUAAUUUGUUGUUCUUGAUGUCAAGGGUUAAGUUGUGGAAUGGCUUGAUCGUUGUUUUGGCUUUUCUUUUGAUUGGGUUGUGAUACUCAUAUUAUGAGGUUUCUAUCUCGCUGCGUAUUUAAUUUCCCACAUGUUAUUGGGUUGUUUAUUGUGGUUCAUUAGUGCUAUCAGUAAGACUGAUUGUAUACCAAUUAAUUUAUUAGUGGAAGUCUUUGCUGGAUUUAGUCCCUUGUGUGGUUCAUUUUUUAACCAAGAGAUGAUUUGGAAGUGCCUAUUUAUCUACACGGAUAGGGGAAAAUAUUUUGCUUUUGCUUGGCCUUUGAUGGUUAUCUUAGUUUUCCCCAUCAUAAGUACCUUUGUUGAAUGAUUUUAUUUUCAUUCAAUCUCUAGUUGCAGAUCUUUACCUUGCCCUGUUGUUUGGAUUAGUGGUUUCCUUGUAAUAAGGUUUUGU